AUGUGCGUAAGCUUUGGCGUGAGGCGCUUCACAGUGGACGCUCCCAAUUCACGCAACUUUUGGGAUACGAUAUCACUGCAGGCAAUAUCUGCGUCAAUUCCCACACGUACGUCCACCAUGGCAACAACUCCUUUCAAUGAAGACGCACUUGGUGUCUUUCGUGAUGCACACUUAGCCAGAGAUCGAGAGUUGAAUACUGUUGUUAGCGAUCUCGAAGAAAUUGUACCGUGA